AUGAAUAUGACGCCUUACUACCCCCCUCCGGCGGUCACGGCCGGAACGCCGGUUUAUGCGCCGGACAUACAGCAACAAGUGUUCAUUCCGCCGCAAAAUGUGAUGCAUCCCCAGCUGAUGUCCCAACAGUCCGUGCCUCCAACCCAGUCUGCCUUCUACCCCCAGAAUGUUCGACCGCCGGUUAUGGUGCCACAACAGAGCCGCUUCCCACAUCAUUAUGUGGUUCAACAUGCUCAGCCACCGCCCAACGCUGCUGGUUUCCGGCCUCAGAACAGACGCUACUCACAACAGAUAUACAGUCGAACAUUGUCGGAGAGUAAAGUAAGAUUUUAUAUUUUUUUUUGAUUUUUAGGUAAUGACACUUUAAAAAAUCUGGUAUAAGAGCUAGAAAAUUUGAUUCAUAUUUCUUUUUUUUCAAAUUUUGAUCCCGUCUAGCUUCAGCUAAACCAAACGCCCUCGAUGAACGGCCAAUGCAGUCCGGACCAGCCCCCACCUCCGGGAACUGCCCCGCCAUUCCAUCCACCCCUUCAACCUGGUAUGGCCGGCAUGCCCGAAGACAUGCCCAUGUAUCAGCCCCAAUACCAACAAGGUGUUGUCUACAUGGAUCAACAACCGGUCGAGCAGGAAAUGUUUUAUCCUCAAACACAGUUCCGACCUCCCCCAGUACCGAAUCAAAUCUACACGCCCCAACAGUACCAGUUUCAACCACCCCCACAGCAGUACGGAAUGCCUCCUCAACAAUUCCAACGACCGGUCAAUGUGAAUCCGUAUCAGCAAGUGAGUUUUGUCAUUUUUUUAGGUAUCAAUUAGGGGCUUUUAGGUAUUAAUUUGGGCCUUUAGGUAUCAAAUGGAGUUUCUAUGUACAAAUGUGGGUCCAUUAUGUAUAUAAUUAGGGUUUUUCAGUAUAUUUUGGCUCUUUUAGGUAUAAUUUUGAGACUCUUAUUGCCAAAUCUUUCUGUUUUAUAUUGUUUUAGGGGUAAAAUAGUAGUUUUUAAAGGGAAAUCUUGAUUUAAGGCUUAGAAUUUUUACUUUUGGUUUUUUAAAAAAUUCACUUUUAGCCCUUUCAGCCCUACCAAAACCGCCAAGCCCAGUCGAAUAGCCCCCACCCCAGCCAGUUAUCCCACACCGAAGAACCGGCUGGACGUCCAGCCAACGUUUCCGAGACGGUGGUCACCGACCAAGAAGACUACACUCCACCAGGUACGCCUCAAGACUUAAAACCAAUAUCAACAGAGCAAUCCGAUCAACUAUGUUCUACUUUAGAGGCCGACGCCGAAGCCGAACUAACACAACAACUGGAAGAAACAAAACUGGACGAGAAGGAAGAGGAAGAAGACAUUAACAAUGUGGCAGGCAAAGAGUUUGUCAACUCGAACUACCAGAAUAAGAACUGGAAGCCGCGAGGUCAGUUGGAGGAGAUCAGAGAGGAGCAACGUCCCCAACAACGACAAACUCAAAGCCCGUUCGUACCGGACCCGAAUGCGGCAGUUUUCGAUCCUCGAGGCUCGGAACGCUUUCAAAAUCCACCGGUGUUUGGAAGCGGACAGCAUUUCAGGAACGGUAAUGUGCCGAAUCAGGGAUUCAGAAGCGAAAACAUGAUGAAUCAGGGCUUCAGAAGUGAAAAUCAAGGUUUUCGAAGCGAUAAUCCUGGAUUUAGAGGAGAGAAUCAGCCAGCUCAAGGUUUUAGAAAUGAAAAUCAGCCAAACCAAGGCUUCAGAAAUGAAUAUCAAACAUUCCGAAGUGAUAACCAACAAAACCAAGGCUUCAGAAGCGACAACCCUCGAGAGUUCAGGCAAGAGAACAAGCACUCUCAACACGACAACCGACAGUUCGGCAACGGCGACAAGAAUCAGUUCCGAUCCUACGUGAAAAACCAAUUCCGAUCCGACAACCAAUUCCGCCCCAACUUCUCGAACGACGGCCGAAACGACAAACGUCAAGACCAACGCCAUUUGAAUGAUCGAAAACUGGAAAGAAAGGUCUCAACCACAUCCACCACCUCGAACUACUCGAGAAGGGAGGAUCAUUGGCGAAGAGGAAACGAACCAAAGCAGCCAGAGGUCGUCGAGUGCACACUAUGCAAAAGCCAAGAGAAGCCAGUCACAGUCUAUGCCACUCACGUACUGAGAGAUCAUCAAAAUGUAAAGACAAAGUGCCCUGAACUGCAGAAAAUGACCUGUACCGAGUGUAAUGCGACCGGCGAGGACGCUCAUGUCAAGUACUUCUGUCCGCAAUUUGCAGAUAAAAAGGCCUUCAACUUACCGAAAACGGCGGAGAAAGUUCGCGAUUACAUCAAGGACCGCGACGCCAAGAAGGCCCAGGAAGAACAACAACAGCAACGAGGGCAACAACGCAACGAUCGCCAACCACAGAACCAACGACAACACGAACAAAGGGUCUACAACAACUCGAGAAGGAACGACAAUCAAGGAGGCAAUCGGUUCCGAGACUCAUACCGAGAAGGUGGAUACGCUAACCGAGACUAUGGUAACAAAGAGGGCUACGGUCGACAGGAUGGAAGGAAGGAUAGUCAAGGCUAUAGACAAGGAGGUGGUGGUGGAGGUUAUGGUCAUAAACGACAGGAAGGGUAAGGGUUUUGGUUUUAUACGCCAUUCUUUUUGCAUCAAGAAGAAGCUUUGUUUACAAAACGAAAAAUGGCAAGAACUUUCUUUACGCAAUGAAAAAUAGCAAGAGCUUUCUAUAAAAAUCGAAGAAUGGCAAGAACUUUUUUCACAAACUGAAAAAUGGCAAAAACUUUCUUUACAAGCCUCGAAAAUAAUUUUUUAAAAUUUUGUUACUUAAAUACCAAGAACUGUAUCCUUACCCAAUUUCCAGGUUAAUAAAUCUAAUUUCAGCCAACGCUACAACAAGAACUAG